UCCGGUUGCUAAUUGCGCUGUGACCAAUCGGCCUCGAGGAGGCGGGCCCCCGGCUGUUUGUGUGAAAGCCCCGCUGGAUGGAGGGGAAGGGGGGCGAGUUUGAAGAGGAGCCGCGGGCAGCUCGGUCCGGGACACUCACUCCUCUCCUGACGCUCACCGCGCCGAAACAAACCGUGGUUUCCCCGUGCGCCGGGCAGCUUGGAGCCGGUGUUUUGCUGCGGGGUUGGAGCCCUGCUGGUGGUGUUUCCAGCCCGCGGACCAAGUUCGGACUUUUGCAAGAGAAAGAGACGCAACCUGGGAGUGACUCUGCUGCAACCUGCGGAGCUGCGCAACGCUAUUCGCUGCUUCUUCUUUUGCUUUUAACGAGAAAUGGUCGGCAGGUUGAACUUGCCCCAUGUUUGCGACGGAGAGCCGCUGGAUAUGAGCUGCAGGGCGGACAGAGGACUGGACAGCCCGGACUCCGGGCUGCCCCCCAGCCCGAGCCCCAGCGCCUGGCUGCAGCCCGCGUGCACGGACAAAGCCGGAGCCGUGAGCCCCGGGUCCGAGGACGAAGGGAAGGGCUCCCUGGUUUUACCUGCGGGACCUCCUCCUCCUCCUCAGCUGCAGCCGUUGUCCGUUGGGGAAGGCAUAGCACUUGAUCCGUCUGCAAAAGAGAUGAGAUACACCUCCUCUGUGCACUACGACUCAGACCGCCACUUCAUCCAGGAUGUGGCCCUGCUGCCGUUGGGCCAGGCGCUGGAGCACUGCCGGCAGACCGUCAUGGCUCUGCCCCACAGCACCUGGCGGCACUACAAGACGCAGCUGGACUUCGAACCACGCCACCGCCCGCUGCGCUACAGGAGCACCACCAUCAUCUACCCCAAGAAAACAGCCGUCUACACGACGGAGCUGAGCUACGACUGCCGCCGGCUAUCAAGACGCUUCCUCUCCAGCGUGGAGCUCGAGGCCACCGGCCGCAGAGAGUUACCUCAGUGAGAACAGGAGGCGAGGGAGGGGGGGCAGCAGAUGGCUGGGGACGUGAAACAUCAGUCAUUCCCAUGGUUCUUAUCAGUGAUGCUCCCUGAAGUCUGGAGGCCGGCUGCCACUGACCUGCUGUGCUGUCUUUUCACAGUUGCGUUGACUGAAGUUUUGCUCCCAGAUGAGUUCCGGACUCCGUUGCCGUGACGUUACAGACGCAAAGCGCGUCACGAUGUUGGUUGAGUACAGUGAAUGUCGGUCCAUGUCCUGAUGUGCUUCUGACACCGUCCACCUGCAUGGGGAUUGCCACAGUUUGUUUGCUGAAAUGUUCCAGCAGUAUGAAUUUUAGAUAUAUAUUCAUAAUUGGCUCUUAGCAAAUUUAUUCUCAUUGAGAAGUAACGGUUUAUUUUUGUUUUUGUACAGCAAUGACUCCCUGCUGAGUUCUUUAUAGGUGACUUCUCCAGGAGUGGUUUACUUGUGUGGUUUGGACUGAAGCUAAUUUACUAAUUUAUCCACACUGUAGAAGGGUGUGUUGAUACUUCUCACAUUUUUUUUGUUUCACAGGGUAUUUGUAUUUAUGCACACAAGCAAAGCUCUUGGCAAGUCUUCUCCUUAGUCACCGUUUACAGCUGCUACUCUUAACGUAACGCAACCUGUCAGCCUACAGGAGCUUGUGAGCAGCCCUCAGGACAUUUCCUCACAGUAAUGGUCAACCCAAACAAGAUAUGAAGCCCAAUUGUUCAGGAUGUUUGUGACGAGGAGCCCUUCAUACCACUUGGUGUCCUUGAAGUUGCUCUGCUUUUAAAGGCUAAAUGGAUACACUGCAAGUGCUGUUUGAUUAAAGGGAACUUGUCUGUUCAAACUGAUCAGGUAGGGUAGUAUUGAUGAAUCAUGACUGGAUCACACUCUUUGACUUACUUUUAACAGGUGAAAGUAGAAGUUGCAUUCCUCCGCAAUAACUUCAUUUAGUGUGAAAAUGUAUUUAUUCUGACAAUUUAGGAUCUGAGAUUUUAUCAGCCCCACUAUUAAUCUCUAUCAGUGUAGGAGUGGAUGAUUUGUGAUGCCUCUCCUACCUUUUGAUGUAUGUUUUUAUGCUUCUUUUUAUAUAUAUUGUUCACUUAUCCAGUGCUGGUUUUAAAUAAAAUGAUUAAUAAU